AUGGAAGCCACCCUUCUCAUAGAGAAGAACCUGAGCCAGACUCUUCUGGAUCUGCAUGCCCUAGGUUCUACCCAUGCAGACCCCCACAUCUGUGACUUCCUGGAGAACCACUUCCUAGAUGAGGAGGUAAAACUCAUCAAGAAGAUGGGUGACAACCUGACAAACCUCUGCAGGGUGGCUGGUCCCCAGGCUGGGUUGGACAAAUACCUCACUAAAGGCUCACCAUUAAGUAUAACUAG